GUAUUCUGUCACAAACAAGAAGUCUCUCCUUUCUCUCUCCCCAACUCCAUCAUUUAGAGUAAGCUAAGAAUCAGUUAUAUUUACAUUUACAUUUCUUGAUUGUAAUGAAUCAAAUCACCCCAAAUUGAAUUAUAUUGCCUACUCCAUUAUAUCAUCUAUCUACACUUCUUAAUUAAUUAUGACAUCGUUUGGAGAGCACCAUCACCACAGUGAUAAUCCAACGCCCCAAAAGCUUGAAGAAUUCCUCUCUCGCCUUGAAGAAGAACACGUCAAGAUCGAUGCUUUUAAACGUGAGCUUCCUCUAUGCAUGCAACUCCUCACCAAUGCUAUGGAGGCUUCAAGGCAACAGCUAGAAUCAUUGAGGGCAACCCAUGGGGCAAGAAGGCCUUUUCUUGAAGAAUUCAUUCCUCUCCGUAAUUCCAUCUCCGAUGGAACGGACCAAACCGAAGCAAACUCCGCCUCCGGUGACAAGGCGAAUUGGAUGACCACCGCACAACUAUGGAGUCAAGGAAAUAACAAUAACAAUAGCAACAACAAUAAUAACGAUAACGAUGAUCUUAAUAAUAGUAAUAACAGUGAAACUGAGAUAGGGUUUCAUGUUACUAGCCCAGGUAAUAAUAAGCUUCCUCCUAAUGGAGCUGGAGGAGGUUUUCUUCAAUUUUCAAGAAGCCCGGUUUUAGCCCUGGCUUCACCGGACAACCAAGAACUGGGAGAGGAGGAUCAAAAGAACAACUUGGAUAUUGCAAAUCUUGGCAGGUGUCUUAAUCGAAAUGCAAUCACGGUUGAGCAUGGGAAAGCGGCUGCCGGUGGCGGCAGUGCUACGGUUUCUCAGUCGUCGCAGGAUUCUCGGACGGCCGCCGCACAUAGAAAGGCCAGAAGAUGUUGGUCGCCUGACUUACACAGACGCUUUGUUAAUGCUCUACAGAUGUUGGGAGGUUCUCAAGUUGCAACCCCAAAGCAAAUCAGAGAACUCAUGAAAGUUGAUGGUUUGACUAACGAUGAAGUUAAAAGCCAUUUGCAGAAGUAUAGGCUGCACACAAGAAGGCCAAGCCCGACCCCACAAGCCACAGUCGCCUCAACCCCACAGCUAGUUGUCCUAGGAGGCAUAUGGGUCCCACCGGAGUACUCAACGGCGGCCACCACACGCGGUGACGCUCAAGCACCUGCCACCCUCUACGGCACCGCACAUCCCAAUUCCCAACACUUCUCUAUGGGUCAUGAAUUCUUUGCCGCUCCACCGCCGCCUCAUCACCUUCCGUUCCACCACCAGCAGUUCCACCUCUACAAGACGCCGCCGUCACUUUCACGGACACAACAUUCCCGCGAGUCUGAUGCUCGGAGAACCGGCGAUCAGUCGGAGAGCAUUGAGAUUGGAAAGUCGGAAAGCGGCAGCUGGAGAGCAGAUAGCGGAGUCGAAAAUGGCGGAGAGAGAAAAGGAAGGGUGUUAAAGGAGGAUGGAGAAGUCAGCAAUGGAAGAAGUGAUAUCACUCUCAAGUUCUAACAUUUCCUAAAUAUAUGAUUGACGUUUAGAUAUAAUUAAGAUUGAUAUUAAUUCACUUGAUUACUGAGAAUUAAUUAAUACUAGGCCAAUAAUUUAUUUGAGAAUUUGUUAAUUUUAAUUAGAUGUUAGUUUUCGAAUGUAUGUGUGCAAAUAUGGUUAAUAGGCCAUAAAUAAAGAAUUAAGAGUACUUUUUUGUUGCUUAUGACAUGACUAG